GUUUUUCUCGGUGGGUAUGAAGGGAUGAGAGGAGAGGAGAGGAGAAGUGGCUCUGGCUGCUGCCUCUGCGUCAUAUUCAUACCAGUGCAGCCGCCUCCUCUUUCCUCCUUCCUUUCCUCCUUCCUUCCUUGUCAUCAUCCAAUUUGCACGCCGCUUGAUCCCCCCCCCAUCCAUUUGUGUCUCUUAUCUGCAUCUGCUCAUCAGAGUGGACAUUUCUCAGCUUGGUUUCCUCUGCGUGGCUGACCUGGGAGGACUUUCUCCACAGCGAGCGUGGCGGGGGAGAGACGACAGAAGAAGACAAAAAAGGGUUAGCCCAUGCGAGCAACGUGUGGACUGAGUGCAGCUGUUUCGUUCAGAGAAGAGCCCAACAUGUGAGAAGAUGUCGGUUGGAGGUUGUGCUUGUCCCGGCUGUUCGUCGAAAACAUUCAAACUGUACUCUCCUAAGGAGCCCCCCAACGGUGGCAGCUUUCCCCCCUUCCACCCAGGCGCCAUGCUGGACAGAGAUGUGGGGCCUACACCCAUGUACCCACCGUCAUACAUGGAGCCUGGAAUGGGGAGACCCACACCGUACGGGAAUCAGACAGAUUACCGGAUAUAUGAGCUGAAUAAAAGAUUACAGAACUGGACAGAAGACUGUGAUAAUAUUUGGUGGGAUGCCUUCACCACAGAGUUUUUUGAGGAUGAUGCUAUGCUCACCAUCACUUUCUGUCUGGAAGACGGCCCCAAACGAUACACGAUCGGCCGRACGUUGAUUCCUCGAUAUUUCAGAAGUAUUUUUGAAGGAGGAGCGACUGAGUUGUUUUAUGUUUUGAAGCAUCCAAAGGAGUCUUUCCAUAGUAACUUUGUGUCCCUCGACUGUGAUCAGUGCACCAUGGUGACUCAGAACGGCAAACCUAUGUUCACACAGGUUUGUGUUGAGGGUCGUCUGUACCUCGAAUUCAUGUUUGAUGACAUGAUGAGGAUCAAGACGUGGCACUUCAGCAUCAGACAACACAGAGAGGUCCUACCAAGGAGCAUUUUGGCUAUGCAUGACCCCCAGAUGCUCGAUCAGCUGGCGAAAAAUAUCACCAGAUGUGGGCUGUCCAAUUCCACGCUCAACUACCUCCGUCUAUGUGUGAUUUUGGAGCCAAUGCAGGAGUUGAUGUCCAGACAUAAAACCUACAGUUUGAGCCCCAGGGACUGUUUGAAAACCUGUCUUUUCCAGAAGUGGCAGAGGAUGGUAGCCCCUCCAGCUGAACCUGCCAGACAAGCUCCAAACAAGCGGCGGAAAAGGAAGGUGUCCGGUGGAAGCACGGUGAGCUCCGGCGGAGGCGGCAAUAACAACAGCAACAGCAAAAAGAAGAGUCCAGCCAACAGCUUUUCCCUCUCCAGCCAGGUACCUGACCUGGUUGGAACAAAAACCUGUACAGUGCCGGAGCUUGAGGACCGGAGUUGAGAACCACUACGCAAAAAUCUUAAAUGCAGACACACACUCACACACAGACACACACACACACAUACACACUCACCCAACAAACACUGUCAUCUACGUCUGUGGCACAAAACAGUGAAGUGCAGGAGGGAGGUGGGACGCAGCGUGUCUGGACAAAACGCACCAGGCGCCACAGAAGUGUUUUUAUUUUCUGUUUUAAACUUGUUUUUUUAUGUAAAGUAUUUGUAAAAAUAGACAAGUAAACAAUAACACCCCAGAAUAUUCUUUGCACUGUUUUUCCACUAAUAACGGCAAUCUAUUUUUCUUAUAAAAUUGACCUGUAUUGUUUUUUUUGUUGUUUUUUUUAUAUAUAUAUUAUUGCUUCUGUAAGUGUAAAACAUCUGAGACCUGCAGUAUAUUAAUGUCUAAGUAUUGCUGUUAGAUCAUUCUUAUUGUGAUGUAAUAACUCCUGUAAGCCUCUGCUUGGUAUAUCAUCAGACAUCACUGUUGGCAGGCUCACUGGUCUCAAAACAAGUGAGAGAAAACACAGACCGUGUUUUUACUAUUUACUACAUCUUAUUUGAUGCGAGUCUAAAGCAGUUUUUCUUCUAAUUCUCCAUCCGUUUUAUCAUAAAAGAACUGUUUGCUUUGAAUUCUUUUCUCUUCUGAAAAAUCUAGCAACAGAAAUCUUGAAUUUGCUACUCAAAUAUAUUUUAAAAACAAGUUUUAACUGGAUUGUAAAAUAGGGAGGGGAAAAAAAAAACUUUUAUAAGAACUUAAAGCUUUCCAAAUGUGUUUUAAAAAUUCCAAUAGAGUAAGCUGCAGACCAAGACAUGUAAAGACUUAUACUGAUUCCACUGCGCUGUUUUCUCUUUUCUGAUGAAUCAUUUCAUUGGCUUUACUCCUCAUGUUUGUGUCUGUUCUUGUAUAUUUUUUAGGUAGUCAUUUCUGUAAGAGUUAAUCUAUGUAAUCUUCCCUUGAACUAUGGAAAACUCAAUCUAAUGUAAAGAGAAAACAAACAAACAAAAAAAACUAGUAAUUUUUUUUAAAACAUGAUUUAUGGUACAAUCACUGAAAGAAUUUUACCUUCAUUUUAGCAAACUAUUUAUUUUUCUAUGUACUGAUGUUCUGUUUAGGUCCACCUGUACAAAACUCAUGAGGAUAUUAUUCGUCAUGUGGAGGAAUUUGUGGGGCUGCUGAGUCAGUUAAUGCUAAAAGAAGUGAUUCUUUUUUUUUGUUUUUAAAUAAAGCAUCAUUCAUGCUGUUGCUUUCUCACUAAGGAGAUAUUUAAUCAUCGUUUGUACUGUAAUUUUCUCUUCUGUUGUUGAAAAUCCCAUUUUAAAGCAAAAGGAUUUUUUCCCCCCACACAAAUUCUGUACAUGAUGCAUGUACAUCUUUACAGUAGCAGCUGUAUGUAAAAAAAAUGCAUUAAUUUGUCGACUCUAAGCUACCGCCACAGUUCAUUGAAAUGGACUCGGCGUCACUCGGCUGACAUUCAUKUGCAGAUUCUCCCAGCAGGGGUCUCUCUCAGCGCCAGACUGAGCAGCUCGUCAGAAAUUCCUUCAUUAAUGUCUGGCAGAAAUGCCAUCUGUAAAUCCACACUGAGCUGCAAAUCUGUGGUUUAAAUCCCCUCGUCAUUGUCUCCAGCACCCUCUUAGUGCUUAACUUUUGUGGUGUAUCAGUUCAGCGGGCGGACAGAGAACAGAAUCCAGGGUCAACUUAUCAACACCCUGUGUUUUUUAGGUUGACACAUUAUAAGAAAUAUAAGGGUGUGUGAGACACAGAGAGAAAAACACACCUGUAGCUGGUUUCCUGUAGCACCUUGUCACAGGGGUGGUUUUAUAUAGAUUUCUUUGCCAGGUUUCUGUCAUUGAUAAUUCAUGUAUGUUAUCAAUAAAGAUGAAUUUUCACUGAAAGUC